AUGGAUGAAACUUCAGCAGCUUGUGAAGACCUACGUUAUUUCGAAAGACGCUUGACUGAAGUAAUUCAGAGCAUGCAGCCAGCUGCAACAAGAUGGCGUUUAGUGUUACUGAUUGCAUUUGGAUGUACGCUGUGGAGUGCGUAUUUCUGGUUAAAAGAUCCAUCCAUACGUUCUAUGACCUUACUCGAAUCGUUGCAAAAUCACCCUGUUUUUUCGGCUUGCGUGCCUUCUUUAUUAUUUUUGUUUGGUUUUGUUGGAAUACACAAUCGGGCUGUUGCACCAAGCAUGUAG